GUGAGAUAAAAGAGGCAUCUUGUGGUUUAACUCACCCAGUUAUCUUGUGGAUUCCUUAGUCGAUCCCGGGCGCUCGUUCACUAUAGCGCGUCUCUCCGUCUGUCAUCUGAAACUUAAUCAGUGAAAGAUGAAGGCGGACAUCUCGCUAUGCCUCUUCUUCCUUUCCUGCGUUCUGGCACCGGGGUUGACGGACUCGUUUGUCAAGAUACCGCUAAAGAAGACAUCCUACACUCCCAAGACCUUUCCUGAAAUAGAAGCCUACACUGCUGACACAAUAGGUGCCUUGAAGCAGAUCAGGCAAACUUUGGACAAUGUAGUGGAGCAGCGGCGUGCAACCAUCUGUUGCAACGACGGGCUGGUUUAUGAGAAUAAAAUCGCACUGGCACUACGAAGCGCAUUCUUCAACUCCAUCAUCGUCUUGAACCGACUACAAGAAGCAAUCACCCAAUACCAAGCAGGCGAUACUAUUUUGGACAUAUGCCGGGCCUGCGACAUCAGUCCGUUUAAUCCUCCAUGCAACAUCACUGACUGGCGGUGUUCCUCUGGCAAGUGCGUCCCACGAGACAAGCUGUGUGAUGGGAAGGACGAUUGCGAGGACUCCAGCGAUGAAGUCGUGCAUAACUGUACAGACACCCCUUGUGGCUUAGACUACCUGUGCGAAGAAGACCAGGUAUGCAUCAACUCAUGGUACGUGUGUGACGGGAAUCCAGACUGUUCGCAUGGCAGCGAUGAGACACAUUGUUAUCUCCCCACAGAUCCUGAAACUCCAGAUUGUGAAGAAGACCAGUUUAGGUGUCAGUCUGAUGGUCUGUGUCUGCCUGAAACUCUCCAAUGUGAUGGUAAACAAGACUGUGAUGAUGGCAGUGAUGAGAAUUCCUGUGACUUGACACCAGCAUGUGCAGAGGAUGAGUUCCAGUGUGUGACUACAGGCAGGUGUCUGCCCAUCACAUUUCACUGCGAUUUUGAGAAGGAUUGUCCAGAUGGGAGUGAUGAAUCACUCUGUCCCAGGCCCUGUCAAGCAGAUGAGUUCAGGUGUAAGUCUAAUGGUGUGUGUGUACCUGGUACCUUUCAAUGUGAUGAUGAGGCGGAUUGUGAUGACGGCAGUGAUGAAGAUGACUGUUCUCCCACAAUACCACCACCCACCACAACCAUCACCACCACUACCACUACAUGUUCAGAGAAUCAGAGUGUGAAAAGGAAGUGUGUGCCUGACUCCUGGCUCUGUGAUGGUGACAAAGACUGUGAAGAUGCAAGUGACGAAGAGGACUGUCCCAGGCCUACAUGUUCAGAGAAUCAGUUCCAGUGUGCAAACUCAGGCAAGUGUGUGCCUGACUCCUGGCUCUGUGAUGGUGACAAAGACUGUGAAGAUGCAAGUGAUGAAGAGGACUGUCCCAGGAUUUGUCAAGCAGAUGAAUUCAGGUGUAAGUCUGAUGGGGUCUGUGUGCCUGGUACAUAUCAAUGUGAUGAUAAGGUGGACUGUGAUGAUGGCAGUGAUGAAGAUGACUGUGUCCCCAUAACACCACCACCCACCACAACCACCACCACCUCUACCACUGUAUGUUCAUCGGAUCAGUUCCAGUGUGUGUUCUCAGGCAAAUGUGUGUCCAUCUCCUGGCUUUGUGAUGAUGAGGAGGACUGUCCAGAUGGGAGUGAUGAAGCUAACUGCAAUCUUAAGCCUAGUUGUGAAGAAGGUAAGAUUCAGUGUCCAUCAAGUGGCGAUUGUAUACCAAGUCACUGGCGCUGUGAUGGGUAUGCAGACUGCAAGGAUUCAAGUGAUGAAGAGAACUGCACUGUGGUCGUGAAGGAAGUAUGCAAAGAUAGCCCAUGCAGCCACGGGUGUCUGGAAACACCGUGGCAUGUACAAGGCUUCCAGUGCACCUGCCCAGACGGAAUGACACUUUUAGCACAUGAUCGCCAUACCUGUGUCCAGAGAGGAGCUAAAGGCAUCAAGGGCAUUAAAAGUAACAUCAAGGGUUAAGGGUGGCUUCUGUUUCCCCAUGGUUUGUAUGACUGAUGACUGUGGUAUUUUCUCAUGUUUGUAAGUCCUAGUAAUUUUUUCAUUUGUACUAAACUGAAUUGUAUUUUUGUGUAAUGAUGGGAGAUGCAAAAUCCACAAAAGAAGAAUCAAUGAAAUAUUGCUGAAUUACUGUCAGUGCAGAAGCAGUUGUCUCAGUUGAUCUUAUUGUUAGUUGCAUUACUAUUACAGCAUGGAGAUGAUGAUUUGCCUAAUUCCUUCUAAAGAGUAUUCCAUGUAUCUGUGUAGAGUUCAGUGUUAUCUUUUUGUAUGCUAGUAAUUAGUAUCUUUAAAGAAAUAAAGUGCCUAUUAUCCAUUAA